AUGGUUCAACUGAGACUGGCUAUGGCAGCUGUUGCUGAAAUGGGCGAGGUUGAGGAUAUGCUUUCCAAAGAUGAAGGUAACAUUGUUACAAACGGUGAUUUAUCAAGUGAUGUAGAUAUGGAAACCCAAGACAUUGAAGACAACAUUAAGAAACCUACAGAGAACAGUUUAGAUACCAAAGAGAAACCAGAAGAAAGCGGAACAGAAGAAAGUAACGAUGCAUCUGAAGAAGGUAUUAACGAGAAUCACUCAGAAUCGGAGAACCCCUUAGCAGACGAAGAGACUCCACAAGAAAGUAAACCAUUAGAAAAGGAAACCCCAAUGGAAGAAGAGUCCUCCCCAGAAGUAAAAAACUCAGAAGAACAAGAAACUAACGAGAGCCAAUUAGAAGCAGCAAUAGACGAGAGUAGCCAAGAAACAAAAGCCAGUGACGAUCAAACGGAAGACGACGAUACGGAGUCAAAGACCAAUGAUGACGAAAAUAGCAAACAAAGCGCGUCAAGUUCAGAAUCAUCAACAAAAAAGUUCGAGGAGAAAGUCGUCGAGAUUCAUGAAAUUGAUUCAGACGAAGAUGAUGAUGACGACAAUAAUAUAUCUAAAAUUAACAACGGCGAUCCAAUUGAACUGAACGAUUCUGGGGGAGAGGACGGAGAUGUACUGAUUGUAGAUACCGAAACGUCAAAACCAAAUGGUACAACUACAGAAGUCAUAGAUUUAGCGACGCCGGAAAAGAAGAAGAAGCCUGAAGUAGACGAGCUCGCUCCCAGGCGGAGUUCAAGGAACCUUAACAAAACCAAAAGCUAUGCGGAAACCGACAAAGAAGAAGAAAAGCAGUCCAACAAGACCGUGCGACCAGAAGUGGAAGCUCCUCGACCAGCCACAGUCGAAUCCAAGGGCGAAUCCGAAGAAUCUGACAUUGAAGAGAUCCUACCGCAAGAUCCGCUUGCGUGUAAUGAUGCAAUUACUGUGGAGAGGAUACCGUCAGAUAAAUCCAAAGUUACGACGAAGAAAGCACCGCCGAUAGUUGUAAACGAUACCAAAAGACUAGUAGAAAUAGCCUCUAAAUCUAACACUAGUAGUAGUAGUAGCACUAGCGUUUCUCAGGGUAAAAAAGAACCUACGUUAGUUAUUAUAGAUACUAAUUCUAUUUUAUCAGGUCGUGGACCUGUUCCUGUAAAUAAUAAGCAGCCCCAGAACUCAAUCCCUGCCACUCCCAGUUAUCAGACUGUACUCCCCAUGGCACUUCCUGCGCAAGGGAUGUAUCCACCCAACAUGCGAGCGACAAUUACGCCCAUCCCUGUGAACUCGUCUGCACUGUCGUCUCAGCACCAACAGAAAUUAUCCCCCGCCACGAUCACCCCUGCUCUAACAACUCCCCUACUACCAACUUUGACAGACGAUAUGUUUGUAGUCGAAGCGCCCUCUUUUAUCGUCCCUUAUGUUUACGAAAAACCACCUGUAAAAGACUUUAAGGAUUUCGUUAAGGAGAUCCAACACCAGAUUAAAAAGAAGGAGGAAAAAGACGAGGCGGCAGAAUCUAAAAAGGGCGAAGAUGGAGGUGAGGACGAGAAAAUGGAUGUUGAUGAAAGUGAAAAACCUAAAGCUGAGGAUAAGUCUGAUCCAAAUUUCGUUCCUGAAUCUAAAAAGGAGUUGGAGGACGCCAAGAAGCCUUAUUCAUACUUUGAUAGUCCUCUUGGUGGUUCAAAUCCAGAAACAGAAAAGACAAUAAAAUCCUUGGUCAAGAACCUGGCAUACAGUAAAGAAAAUAACGAACAUUUCAAGACUGUAUUGAAAAAAUGUGAAUUUUGUAACUUCAAGACAGAAUCGGCGCUGGCUAUGUCGUAUCACUUGGAAACCCCUCAUAUGAAGAACUUUGUUUAUAAGUGUAAUUUCUGUGCAUAUGAAGUGAGAAGCCCACAUGAUAUUCUGUUUCACAUGGAAGCAGAACACGCUGUACGGGGUCAUUUAGAGAGGGCUCCUGCGUUCCAUCAAUGUCCCAAUUGUCCAUUUGAGGACAACCAAAAAGGUAAACUGUCGCGGCAUCUGGUGACCUGUAUGAGAAAAUUCAAACCUGAAAGGAAUCUAGAUCCGCCAGUAGAUUGGGAACCCCCAGCGAAGAUACCAAGAGUGCCUAAAAUGAGACAGCAAGGUUUGAACGCUACAGCUGCAGCUUAUCAGGCCUUGUCUAAGAAUACCCAGUACCAGUUCCUGUCGAAGAUGCAGUUACAGAGUACUCAGAGCGCCAUCAACAGGGGUAGAGGACGGCCGACGUUAGGUCCAAAUAUCAAUAUCAAAUCUCAGGGAGCAAUGAUACGACCACCAGGUAUGCUCUUUAAGCAACAAACAAUGUCUGGAGGGUCAGUUUUGGUACCUACAAACUAUCAACUUAGCGGAAAUCAAGUGUUCCAGGUCUACCAAUGGAAAUUACUAAACCACGUGGCCAGGGAUCAUAACAUGACGUUGAAACCCGCGCAUCUGUCCUACAAAUGCACAGUGUGCACGGCCACCUUCGGCAUGUACAAACAAUUCGAGAACCACGUAUAUUCCGCCCACAGCGUCGUCGCCAAGCGAGUCAUGGACAAGAAGGGCUCCACGACCUCGACAACUUCCAACAGUUCUCCCAAGCCGUCGACUGCUGAUCAGUUGAAACCUCUAAAGAUUAAUGACGAAAUCACGAUCAUCCCGCAGCCUGCAAAGUCCACGGCAAAUGGAAAAGAAGAAAAGAGUUCGCCUAGUACUAGCAAAAAUCCCGAAGCGACAUCUAGCGGCAGUUCUCGUGCUGAACGUUUAGCACGAAGAAAUGCUACCGAGGAAGAUUGA